UUUUAAGUCAUGUUUGGCUGCUUUGUCCUCUGCAACAAGGAGUCGUGCUAGCUGGACACACAAUUCUUCUGGGGCCCUGGUGGCCAGCACAGGGGUGAAAUCACAGCUGUGGAGACCCCAGGUUUGUGUCGCUCGAGGAGGGCCUCCCCAGGCAAUGACCUCCUCAUUGUUCCUGGCCUUUCUAUUCCUGGCUGCAGCCACAGUGGCCACUCCCAGAGCUGGCUAUCGGUGUCCAGCAUGUGGGGGACCUGUUUUGGACCCGGAAAGCCAGCGGGAACUGCUUCUUGACCUGGCCAAGAGAAGCAUCUUGGACAAGCUGCACCUCAGCCAGCGCCCAACACUGAGCCAGCCUGUGUCCAAAGCUGCUCUGAGGACUGCACUGCAGCGACUCCAUGGGCCCCCACAGAAGGCACUUCUGGAGGACAACAGGGGACAGGAAUAUGAGGUCAUCAGCUUUGCCGAGACAGGCCUCUCCAACAUCAACCAGACUCGUCUUGAUUUUCACUUCUCCUCUGAUAGAACUGCUGGUGGCAUGGAGGUCCAGCAGGCCAGCCUCAUGUUCUUUGUGCAGCUCCCUCCCAAUAUCACCUGGACUUUGAAAAUAAGGGUGUUUGUGCUAGACUCACAUGAUACCAACCUCACCUUGGCUACUCAGCACCUGCUGGAGGUAGAUGCCAGUGGCUGGCAUCAGCUCCUCCUGGGGCCUGAAGCUCAGGCUGCCUGCAGUCAGGGACACCUGACCCUGGAACUGGUACUUGAAGGUGAGGUAGCCCAGAGCUCAGUCAUCUUGGGUGGGGCUGCCCAUAGUCCUUUCAUUGUAGCCCAGGUGAGAGCUGGAGGCAAGCACCGGGUUCGCCGACGAGGCAUCGACUGCCAGGGAGGGUCCAGGAUGUGCUGUCGACAAGAGUUCUUUGUGGACUUCCGUGAGAUUGGCUGGCACGACUGGAUCAUCCAGCCUGAGGGCUAUGCAAUGAAUUUCUGUGCAGGGCAGUGCCCACUACAUGUGGCAGGCAUGCCUGGCAUUGCUGCCUCUUUUCACACUGCAGUGCUCAAUCUGCUCAAGGCCAACACAGCUGCAGGUACCACGGGAGGGGGCUCAUGCUGUGUGCCCACAGGUCGGCGCCCCCUGUCUCUGCUCUACUAUGACAGGGACAGCAACAUUGUCAAGACUGAUAUACCUGACAUGGUGGUGGAGGACUGUGGGUGCAGUUAGUCUAGGUGUGGUAUGGGCAGCCGAAGGAGGGGUGGGAAAACAUGCUAUCAUAGAAGUGCCCUUCCUUGAGAGGAAGGAAUAACCCAUUACUGCUUCUAUCCAGAAUGUGUACUCCUUUUUUCUGAGCAACUUAUGGAAAUUAUCCCACCUUUAACUUGAAAAGAUCUUCAUCUAAGGAGAGUCACUGUACCAUCUUUAUGACCACCAGCCUCUUUCCUAGGGCAUAGUCCAUCCAGCUAGCCCCACAUGUUCAACCCCCACUCCAGGGACUCUGAUCCACCUCCAACUAUGAGCAAUGCCAUCUGGUUUCCAGGCAAAGACAUCUUUAGCCUGCUUUUAAUCGACCUCAUAGUCCACUAUGCCCAUUCCACUUGAUGGUCCCCACUCCAGGAAGAACCGUCCCAGCACCUUCCCCUGAUUUUUAUAGAUCUCCAGAGAGCCCCUCCCUUGGGUUCACCAAAGAUUAGAUCUCUGUUCUACAAAGUGAGGCUUAUCCUCCUCUGUCUUGAGCCUCUUUCCUUCUUACUUGCCCAGGUGGGCUGCUAAUGCUCUCUCUGCAUACCUUCAUCUAUUCUUUGUCCUUUUCUGCCCUGCUCUAUGCCCUUGGUGGCUGACUCACCUGAGCUCCAUCACCUGAGCUACAUGGCCCUCUGGCUUCC